AUGGCCAACAACAUCAAUGAUGGCGACUACUACGGCAAUACCUCAUUCCCCAUGGCUCCCACGACCUCUAGUAGCCAGUCCAACACCUCUCAUCCCGCCCUUGACUGUAGCAACGACGAGAUGAUGAUGACAUUUGCGCCGUUGGAUCCCUUCCGAAUGGGGGACUUUCCUUUCUCUGAAUCGCAUGGAUCAGAUAUGCUGUUGAGCAGCAUGUCAGCCGACGAGCUGCUGGCUUCUAGCUCGUCUCUCCCCGCGGCCCCUGCGCCGUUGUCUGACCGUCUGUCCAAUGCGUUGUUCGCGUAUGACCCGCUCUCUGGCAUGGGGAACUCCGUGCCCGUGGCACUGGAUACAGCAAGUGCAUUUGCAUACGACCCUUCUUCCGUAUACCAACAACCCUCCUUGAUGUUUGAACAGACUUUCAAUGGGCAGCCGAUGCAUCAGCUUCCUUCGCUUCAGAACCAGACCAUGAGCCUAGACCCAACUGCAUCCUACUCUUCUACCUUGCAAGCAGAUCCAUCGAGCAGCAGCUCCUUCUGGACAUCCUCGGUUGAUGCGAAAGAAACCACCAAUAUGGCCCAGGCCACGUCCAUGGCCCGCAGAUCAACCAACGCUUCGAAAUCGACCGAUUCUUCACGGAACCAGCAGUUACCGCACAGGCGACGCCAGCAUCUUCAAGCCCCUACAACACAAGUUUCUUCUCACCGUUACAUUCAGCCCAAGAGGCCAUCGCCCAUGAAAACUUCAAUCAAGUCGGCGACCACUGGUGAGAUCACUCCUUAUAACAGCAUAUAUUCGAGCAGCGGCAUUGACAUGAUGAGUAUAUUGGCCGAGGUCGUCUCAAGACCCGACCCCAAGAUUGAUAUCGGCGCUGUUGAUUUGUCAUGUGCAUUUGCAUUGUGCGACAUCCACCAGGAGGAUCAUCCUAUCAUUUAUGUAUCGGAGGCUUUUGUGCGGCUGACCGGUUACACUGAGGGGGAGAUUGUUGGCCAGAAUUGUCGUUUUCUUCAGGACCCCAGUGGUGUGGUUCAGCAGGGCAUGCCCCGAAAGUUCGUCGAUCAACAUACGGCAUAUCGAUUGCGGUCUACAAUAGAGCACCGUGGAGAGAUCCAGGCCACCAUCAUUAACUACAGAAAGGGCGGUCAGCCAUUUAUGAACCUGAUCACAAUGAUUCCUGUCCGGUGGAAUUCGCCCGAUUACCGAUUUUAUGUCGGGUUCCAGGUCGAUCUCGUGGAAAAGCCCGAUGCCAUCAAAAUGAGAAAUCCAGAUGGUACUUACAUGAUUAACUACCAGCGGAAGCAGCUGCCUAUUUACGUGGCGCCUCCCCCGGACAUCUAUAAGUUGCAUCCGGACCUUGCCACAUAUUUUAGUCACGACCAGGUCUCGACGAUAUUGGACAGCUUGGGCACUCCUGACCAAAGCUACCAGCAGUAUCUGGACCGCGUUCUAGUCGAGAACACCGACGAUGUCAUUCAUGUACUCUCUUUCGAGAGUGAAUUGCUGUACCUAUCUCCAUCUUGUCGAAAUGUUCUCGAGUACGAUUCAAAUGAGUUGAUUGGCAAGACACUAUCGACGAUCUGCCAUCCCAGUGAUAUCGGUCCUGUCAUACGCGAUCUCCGAUCCUGCACCAACUCCGACCCGGUCAGUGUCAUGUACCGCGUCCGGACAAAGUAUAGCGGGUACAUGUGGUUUGAAAGUCACGGCUCGUGGCACAUCGGCGACCGUGGCCGGCAAUAUAUGGUGAUGACCGGCCGGGUCUGUCCCGUGUAUCACCUGGACCAGCUCGCAAACUUUGGCGAUGGCUGGUUAGCCGAGAACGAUCUGUGGGCCAAGCUCUCGAUUUCUGGCAUCAUUCUCUUCAUGUCCUCCAAGGCUCGGCCAGUGCUCGGCCGAGUGCCCGAUGAUCUGGUCGGUAAAGGCAUUCAGGACCUGAUCCCAGCCGAUGCCCGGGAGGAUGCAAAACAGGCUUUAGAGGUGACUCGGACUGGCCAGCAGGCGAGCUUUAACCAUAAAAUACGGCACAAAAAGGGUCACAUGUUACAGGCCCAAACCACAUUGUACCCUGGAGACACCAAGGAAGGGGAGAAACCGUCAUUCUUGGUCGCGCAGCUGCGUUUUCCCAAAUCACCGCAGACAGCUCCCGGGACGGAAGAGGUUGUACCUACGAAUAUCACCGCUGCACGUCGAGGGGACACUAGUGUAACAGGAAGAAGAAACGUCACUGCGGCAGGCCAACCGACUUCCGACGAGUCGGCAGUGGGUUCAUCCGGUGACCAAUACGUGCCGGCUCUCGAUGAACCAAUACUGUUCGCCGAGUUGAACACGGCACGAGGUUCAAGCUGGCAAUUCGAGCUCCGCGAACUGGAGAAACAGAACCGCGCCCUAUCCGACGAGGUCCAGCGGCUCCUUGCGCGGAGGAAGAAGCGCAAGAGAAAGCAGAGCAUUGUUCCCGUCGAAAAGACCUGCGCCAUGUGCCAGACCCGGACCACGCCCGAAUGGCGCAGAGGGCCCAGUGGCAAUCGCGAUCUUUGCAACAGCUGUGGGCUACGAUGGGCCAAGCAGGUCCGCAAUGCCAUACAGAAAAAAGCCCCAGCCACUUAG